UUUCAUUCUCUCUGUGUGUUGUGUGGUACCUCCCUCUCCCCCUCCUCCUCCCUGUCCCCUCCACCCUCUUCCUUUGUCUGUCUGUGUCUGUGUGUGUGUGUGGGGGGGGCUUUGUGCAGGGACAGGAGCUGGCUUUGGAUUGGAAUUCGGGAAAAAAGGAACCUGGAAAGACUCGGGUGCUGGGAUUAUUCAGAAGAUCGUGGAGAAGAGAGACAGAGACAGAGAGGCGGGGGGCUGAUCGGUUUUGGGGUUUGUGUGUGAGUGGGACUCUCUCUCUCUCUCUGUGUGUGUGUACCCCAGCGCCUCCCUCCCUCCUUCCACCCACCCCCCCCCCCCCCCGGGCUGUGAGCGGCGAUGGGACAUCACCAACAGCGGGCGAUGCUCCUGCGGUACCUGACCGCCCUGACCUUCCUCUCUCUGGGAGCCCGGAGCAGUGAGCCGGCCGGGGACAGCCCUGCGUGCUACGGCGGCUUCGACCUCUACUUCGUGUUGGACAAGUCGGGGAGUGUUCAACAUCACUGGAAUGAAAUUUUCUUCUUUGUCGAUCAUUUAGCUCACAAGUUCAUCAGCCCCCAGCUGAGAAUGUCUUUUAUUGUCUUCUCAACCAGAGGGACAACACUCAUGACCUUAACUGAAGACAGGGAACAAAUUCGCAAAGGACUAGAGGAGCUGCAGAUGGUGCAGCCUGGUGGGGACACCUACAUGCAUGAGGGCUUCGAGAGGGCCAGUGAACAGAUUUACUACUCAAGUGCUGAAGGUUACCGGACAGCCAGUGUCAUCAUUGCCCUGACAGACGGUGAGCUCAUGGAGAAUCUCUUCUACUAUGCAGAAAGAGAGGCAGACCGUUCACGAAGUCUAGGAGCAACGGUCUACUGCGUUGGUGUCAAAGACUUCAAUGAAACCCAGCUGGCUCGAAUUGCAGAUAGUAAAGACCACGUUUUCCCGGUAAAUGACGGCUUUGAGGCUCUCCAAGGCAUCAUCGACUCGAUCCUGAAGAAAUCCUGCAUUGAGAUUUUGGCUGCAGAACCAUCAAGUAUCUGUGCUGGAGAAACGUUCCAGGUUGUUGUGAAGGGGAAUGGAUUUUCCCACGCUCGUAGUGUGGACAAAGUACGCUGCAGUUUCAAAAUUAACGACACGGUGACCCUCACUAAAAAGCCUUUGGUGGUGGAAGACACCUACUUGCUCUGUCCUGCUCCAGUGCUCCAGGAAGUUGACGGAGCGGUCUUCCUGCAGGUCAGCAUGAAUGAGGGUCUGAGUUUCAUCUCCAGUUUCGUCACCAUCACAACAGUGCACUGUUCAGACGGAACUAUUCUGGCGAUAGCACUCUUAAUCCUGUUCCUGUUGCUGGCGCUGGUCCUGCUCUGGUGGUUCUGGCCACUGUGCUGUACUGUGAUCAUCAAAGAGCCCCCUCCACCUCCCAUGGAUGAUGAGGAAGACUCUGAUUCUGAAGGCAUGCCCAAGAAGAAAUGGCCAACUGUGGAUGCCUCCUAUUAUGGAGGGCGAGGUGUGGGAGGGAUCAAAAGAAUGGAGGUCCGUUGGGGAGAGAAGGGAUCGACCGAAGAAGGCGCCAAGUUGGAAAAGGCCAAAAACGCGAGAGUUAAAAUGCCGGAGCAAGAGUACGAGUUCUCCGAGUUGGGGAUUCAGAACAACAACAGAGCUCGGCAGAUGAACGCCCCCAGGAAGUGGUACUCACCAAUCAAGGGCAAGUUGGACGCACUGUGGGUUCUAUUGCGAAAAGGCUACGACCGGGUAUCGAUAAUGAGGCCCCAACCUGGAGACAAGGGCCGCUGCAUUAACUUCACUCGGGUGAAGAGCGAAGCCAAGCCAGCCAGCUACCCGAUCUACAACAACAUGAGGAAUGUGGGACCUCCACCCAUCUACCACCCCAACCUCAGCCCUCCUGCCUCUCCAGCCCCGUCGCCUGAACCUUCACCUGCUCCAUCGCCGACUUCCUCGCUGCCUCCACCACCACCAGGCCCACCGCCUAGCCGGGCCCCUCCACCAUCUCGCCCACCUCCACGCCCUUCCUUCUGAAGCCUCCUGCUGACCCGAGGAUUGAGUGGCCGAUGGUGAAAGGCCACCAAAGUGGUACUGUGUCAAGGCUCCCUGCUGGCCCGAUGGAGAUUGUCCUCCCUUUUGUCAGUCUUUUAUAUAUAUAUAUAUAAAUAUAUUAUAUAUAUAUUUUGCAGGGUGCAAAACAAGCUCCAAUGCACACAGCAAUAUCCUUCUGAACUUGUGCCAGUUUAAAGCUGGCAUUGUUGUCUUCAACUCCAUCAAUUGUUGCUUUUACGUUGUGUGAUAUAUUGAUAUUCGGCAGUUACCAUUUUAUAUAUAACCUUAUUACAUUUUUGCUAUCUUUCUGCAACUCAAGCCGCUAGGCGGACGACACGUUGGGUUUUGAGCAGCCUGUCGGGGAGAUUGGUUGUUGAGUUUCUCGCUUCUCUCCCUGCACACGGACGGAUGGGAAGGGGACGCCAAUAUCCCUUGCUGCUUGUGUCAGUUUGAAGGUGAUCCAUAACAUCUCCUGUUGGGCCUGGGCUGUAAUGCAGUGUUCUGUUUGGCAUCGCAGUCCAUCACAGCAGACAUCUUGCAGCUUCGAUUCCCAGCGGGCUCCC